AUGGGCACACUUUUAAAUGAGGCACUUCAUUGGCUGGAGAUGUUUGAUGACGUUAUAGUUGCUUUUAAUUUAGCAGAUGAGGAGUUCCGGACAAUGCCGCUGCCUGUUGUUGAGGAUGACUAUGAUGGUGUCUAUUUCAGACAUCUAGGGGACUUUGGAGGUUGUCGGUGUGUGUUUGGUAAGGCUGAUACUAAUGCUGGCUCUAUGGAUUUGUGGGUCAUGAGGGAAUCUGAUGUGGGUAACUCAUGGACUAGGCUGUUUAACUUAAAGUUGUCCAAUCAACCUGAGCAGAUAUAUUAUGUCAACCCAAUCUUUGUUAUGGAAACUAGUACAUUUCUGGAGAUACAUUCUAACUCUGAAAGGAGAGUGAAGUUGGUAAGGAGUUAUCAUAACGAAGAGAAGAUCGAACAGACUCAUAUGGAUAGACUGUCAAUGAUUGGAUAUGAAGAGAGACUACUUUGGCUUGAGUAA